CUAUAAGAAUCUCCCGGUGGGUUAUGUUCUUGAAUACGACGAGAACUGGUCCAACAUCAUAGAACCUCACCGGAACAAUAGGAUAGGUUUUCAUAUUGCUUCCUUAGAGAGUGGUACCGUCUUUCCCCUCCACCCCCUCUUGGGAAGAUGAGGAUGAAGAAAGUUGCCACCACACACCCGGCGGCGAAGAGGAGAAGGGGAGAAAAUUCCCCGGUUGGAGAAUCGAUGGAGGAGCUGUGGGUCAAGAUGACCCUUAAGCUGAAAGAGAUGGGCGAGGUCGGCCCAGAGACUUUGGAGAAGCUCGCAGAGGACUCCCCCUCCCUUCAGCUGGAGGAGAAGCUAAAGGGAGUCGAAGCCCACAACCGGGAGCUGCAGGACCUGAUUGCCCGGCAGCUUGAUGAGUUGGCCAAUCUUUCAGUGAUUGCCGGGGGGCCAAGGGCCAAGCAAUGGGUGGGGGAGAACUUGGAGGAGAUGGCUCGGGUGAUUACAUCUACUCCGGAGGUGACGAUGGAGGACUUCAAGUUCAUCUACCGGGAGGAGCAGGGGAAAGAGAUGAUCACGCAGAUCGGCUCCUAUGGUUUCAUGUCCGACCAAAAAAGAGACCAGGAGGCCACACAUGCGAUCCUUGCUAAACGGUUUCAGGAUUUUAAUGCUGAAUCAUACGGACUGGCCCCCAUCUCGGACGAAGAACCUACACCUCCUUUUCCUCUCGAGUAAUCUUCCCGGCUGCGACCGGUUGAAUCGUUUUGUAAAACUUCAAACUCAUUUCCCCG